GUCGGUCACGACCUUCCCGUUUGUACCCUGUCCAUCUCUCGGGAUGGAAAGUGGUUCGCAAGUGGCUCCGAAGACGGCACCAUCAUCCUUUGGGACGCUACUGCCGGCCACGUUGUUCAUCAAUGGCUGGCCCAUAAAACCAAUAUCACGCUUCUCGAGUUCUCUCCUUUGCGUCCACGCUUGUUGUCCUCCGGUGGUGAUGGCAGCAGAGUGUGGGACGUGGGCAACGGACGCCAUCAGCUGGUGGCUAGCCAUGGGGUUGACCCGACACAAUGCGCCUAGUCUCUUCCCGGCGACUUCCUGGUGACAGGAUAUUCUGGUUCCGACUUGGAUACAGUGGGCGCGAGCACCGGUCAUCGGCUUCUCGAAGGGAUACCCUUCGACUUUUCCCUAGAUUGCAGUGUUGACGUCCGACAGAUUGUGUUCUCUCCCACUCCCUAUCUAGGCGGCGAGUGGCUUGUCGCAACACCACGUUUCGGCACCCUCUACAAGGGAUGUUGGGUGUGGAAUACAAGAUGGGGAACUCUACACGGAGUUCUGCCAGAAUCCCGCGUUGACGUGAUGUCCGUCCGGUUCGACUCAAUGGGCCGGCGCUCCUGACGGUCGGGGUGGUACCAUGGGACUUGUAUGUCGUCGUGGCUGUUUGGUAUGUAUUUAUCAAGGAGCGGACUCUCGCGGUCCGGCCGACCUCGCGCCCAGACUCCACUGGCCGGUGG